GUUACUGGUCAUUUAGAUGACUGCACCUGUGAUGUAGAAACCAUUGAUGCCUUCAACAACUACAAGCUUUUUCCUAGACUGAAUGAACUUCUGGAGAGUGACUAUUUUAGAUACUACAAGGUAAACCUAAAGAAACCUUGUCCUUUUUGGAAUGACAACAGUCACUGUGGAGUAAGAGACUGUGCUGUAAAGCCCUGCCCAUCUGAUGAAGUCCCCGAUGGAAUCAGAUCUGGAAGUUACAAGUAUUCGGAAGAAGCCAAUAACCUUGCUGAAGAAUGUGAAGAAGCCAAGAGACUUGGAGCUGUUGAUGGCUCUUUGAGCAAGGAAACCCAGCAGGCAGUGCUCCAGUGGACACGGCAUGAUGACUCUUCAGACAGCUUCUGCGAAGCUGAUGACAUUUAUUCUCCUGACGCGGAGUACGUGGAUUUACUCCUGAAUCCUGAACGCUAUACUGGCUACAAAGGACCAGAUGCCUGGAAAAUUUGGAACAGUAUUUACGAAGAAAACUGCUUCAAGCCUCAGAAUGUAAAAAGACCUUUGGCAUCUGGUAGAGGAGAUGAUGGAGGGCAAACGUUUUACAAGUGGCUGAAAGGUGUCUGUGUUGAGAAACGAGCUUUCUACAAACUCAUUUCUGGUCUCCAUGCGAGCAUCAACAUCCAUUUGAGCGCCAGGUACCUUUUACAAGAUACGUGGUCAGAGAAGAAAUGGGGCCCCAAUGUUACAGAGUUCCAGCAGAGAUUUGAUGAAGUCAUCACCAGAGGAGAAGGUCCCAGAAGACUCAAGAACCUGUAUUUUCUCUACCUGAUAGAGCUGCGGGCCCUAUCCAAAGUGCUGCCGUUCUUUGAGCGCCCAGGUUUCCAGCUGUACACGGGGAAUAAAAGCCACGAUGUGGAAAUGAAAAACCUAUUGCUGGAAAUUCUCCAUCUGGCCAAGUCUUUCCCACUGCAUUUCAAUGAAAACUCAUUAUUCGCUGGGAAUAAAAAAGAAGCUGCGAAACUAAAGGAGGAAUUUAGGCUACACUUUAAGAAUAUUUCAAAGAUAAUGGACUGUGUUGGCUGCUUCAAAUGUCGUCUGUGGGGGAAGUUGCAGACGCAGGGCUUGGGUACAGCGCUGAAGAUCCUCUUUUCGGAAAACCUGAUAGAAAAGAUACCUGAAAGCGGCCCCUCCUAUGGAUUCCAGCUGACCCGACAAGAAAUUGUUGCCUUAUUUAAUGCUUUUGGAAGGAUUUCAACAAGCGUUAGGGAACUGGAACGCUUCAGGGACAUCUUACGAAAUAUGCGGUGAAUUCACUGGAGAAAGGGAG